CCUGCGAGAGCCAUUCUAAAUCAAUGCCUAAUCUGAUCGCUACAGCAUAGGCCGUCCCUGUUGAAGCACACGAAUUUGAUGGAGCACUACUGAGCAUUCACUGUGCCACACGGCAGCAGGCAUAUGGACCAGGCAGUCAACCAAUCAAGUGGUACUGUUGAAUUGGUUAUGGGCCCGGGAUUGUGGGACACUGCUUUCCGGGCGUUGGCUUACGCUGACAACGGACACGGAAAAGGUAUUUCCAAGCACGAUAUUGGUUACAUGAUAACCAACAUGUGGUAAUCCAAUCUUGCGAGGGAGCGUCUGAGCGCAAAGUAUAUGUAUGAGAGGUUGUACGGCAACAAGUUGUUCCCACUUUCUCCAUCGAUCGUUUCUUCCAUAACAUUCGCUCCUAGCAUUAUCAACUUUCCUAAUUUGUUAAUCUCAAUCCAGCACGUAGCAUCUCGAUUAUUUCUACCCGGUCAUGGCAGAACAACGGAAUAUCGUCGUUGUCGGCGCCUCCAUCAGUGGACUCCAAUCCGCUCAUUCCAUAUUGAAGCAUAUCCUGCCUGUUCUCAAAUCGAAGGGAGGUGCCAAAUAUCACGUCUACGUAAUCAACCCGUCUUCGACCUUCUACUUUCGAAACGCGUCACCCCGAGUUGCAGCGUCCAGCACGCUUCUAGGAACCGAAAAGGUCAUAUAUGACCUGCAUAAAGGAUUCACGCAGUACUCCAAAGAAGACUUCACACUGAUUGAGGCUUCCGCUACAGGCCUUGAUACUUCUGCACGGGAGAUUCUGUACAGGAGAAGCAAGGCAACAGACGACGAACGCUUGCCAUACUUCGCUCUGAUUAUCGCAACCGGCAGCAAGACCCACUACCCGGCUUUUUCGAUGAGCACAGACACCCAGGCUACCUUACAAUCACUCAAGUGGACGAACGAGAAGGUUGUUUCGGCCAAGGACAUCAUAAUCGUUGGCGGAGGCCCGACUUCUGUCGAGUUUGCCGCCGAAGCCGCCGAGUUUCGCAAUGGCACGCCCAGGUGGUUCAGCAAGACCGAACGCAAAGUCAACGUCACCAUCAUCACAGCCGGAGACCGGCUGCUGAGCAACAUGCGCCCGGCAAUCGCCAAAACAGCCGAGCAGAAGCUACACACACUAGGCGUCAAGAUCAUGUACAACACGCGCGUAACCGACACCACCGAAGGGAAAGACGGCCGUACCGUUGUCAAUAUCGCCAAAGGAGACAAACUCGAGGCCGAUCUGUACAUCCCCGCAUUCGGCGUCGUGCCCAAUUCAUCCUGGCUCCCACCGCACCUCCUCGACAAUGACAAGUACCUUAAGACCAACCCCGGAACGGUCCGUGUCGACGAGGCAGGGCCCCGUGUCUACGCCAUGGGUGAUGUGGCUUCGUACUCGGGCAACACUACCUGGGAAAUCAUGCUCGCUAUGCCCGUUCUCCUGGUCAACCUCAAGCGCGACUUGCUGUCGUUCAACCCAGCGCAGCCAGACGCCCGACCCAAGGGCAAGGACAGGCUGUACAAGGCGGACACGAGGGAGACUCAGAUUAUACCCAUUGGCACGAAAGGUGGUGUUGGCGCGAUCAUGGGGUGGAGACUCCCAAACUUCAUAGUUUGGUACUUGAAGAGCAGGGACUACAUGGUCGCGAUGGCUGCGGAAGCCACUCUUACCGGUGACAAUGUGAAGAAGGAGGUUGUCUGGACUGCUGAGGAAUCCGCAAUUUGAGGAAUGGAUCUUCGCUGGAGUCUUUUGAUAGAUGAGAUUAGCAUCGAGGAGGUUUAUACACGUUGCUGUUCCAAGGGGUUGCAUCCAUAGAUUCUGUCAUGCGUCAGUUUCCUAGUUCCUAAUCAAUUCUUCUUCCUCUCAGCGUUUGCGCUGUUUCCAGGGCGAUGGCAAGUUCGAACUUUGGGUAAAUACGAGGUGUAUAAAAACUCGCAAAGCAUAUCUGCAUCUCGAAGUGACACUACGAAAGUUCGUCUCUUUCUCAGCCUUAUUCUGUACUUAAUUCAUGUCACUGAACAUCGAUUUCUGUAGUCUCAUCAGCGGAGAAUACCCUACCGGCUUAGACUUUUCCUGUACAUCGUCUAUGAGAAUUAUCUUUGGAUCAGCAUAUUGUUCGGUACACAGGGUGAUACUUCAAAU